GUGACCCUGGGGGACAAUCCCAGUGGAGAACUCUUUACCUGCCACAUCUGCCAGAAGGCCUUCACCUACCAGCGCAUGCUCAAUCGCCACAUGAAAUGUCACAACGACGUCAAGAGGCACCUCUGCACAUACUGCGGGAAGGGCUUCAAUGACACCUUUGACCUCAAGAGACAUGUCCGAACUCACACCGGCGUGAGGCCCUACAAGUGCAGCCUCUGUGACAAGGCCUUCACCCAGCGCUGCUCUCUGGAGUCUCACCUCAAGAAGAUCCACGGAGUGCAGCAGAAGUACGCGUACAAGGAACGGCGGGCCAAGCUCUACGUGUGCGAGGAGUGCGGCUGCACGUCCGAGAGCCAGGAAGGCCACAUCCUGCACCUGAAGGAGCACCACCCCGACAGCCCGCUGCUGCGCAAGACCUCCAAGAAGGUCGCUGUGGCCCUACAGAACACCGUCACUUCCCUGCUGCAGGGCAGUCCCCACCUCUGAGUGACACGAGUCCCAGGGAUGCGCCCAGAGGUCCUGAGAAGGUCCAGGGUCACUCCUGUUGCCCUGCCAGUCCACCCUCCUGCGGCUUCUUGCCAGAACACCAGUGAUCACGCGUGGAGCCUCUGUGCCUCGGUCUCCCCCCAGGCACGCCUCGUCGCUUAGGCCCAGCACUGACCUCUGAUCAUUUUUGCAUUUUUGUCUCAUGGACCGAGGCCGUGCUGAGCCUGGGAAAGCGUGAAUAUGUCUGGGGCAGGGGUGAGGCCAG